GAAAUCAUACCUCGCUUCGGACUUCCAAAAGGAAUAGGGUCAGACAAUGGCCCACAUUUCAUUGCACAAAUUACUCGAAAGGUUUCUGAGUUCCUGGGAAUCAGCUGGCAUUUACACACCCCUUGGAGACCCCAGUCCAGUGGAAAAGUGGAACAUAUGAAUCAGACCUUAAAAAGACACCUUGCAAAGAUUUGCCAAGAAGCUCGACUCAAAUGGCCAGAGGCCCUACCCUUGGCCCUGUUGCGAGUAAGGGUCGCACCACAUUCUAAAUUGGGAUUAAGCCCAUUUGAGAUAAUGUAUGCAGGUACGGGACGUGCUGCAGACACAGAACCAGUCUCCUACCCCGGAAAAUCGAUUAUUACCUGGAAGUUACGCUCUUGUGAAAGAUUGGAACGAGGAACCACUUUGAGCCAGAUGGAAGGGCCCGUAUAGAGUACUUUUAACGACCCCAACGGCAGCAAAGCUCGAAGGAAUCAAGACUUGGAUACAUUCCAGUCGCCUAAAGCCGGUGGCUGAACCAGAACAAGAAGAAACUCCUGCAAACUCCGGGACCGGAGGCAGAGAACAGUGGAAGGUGGAGCCAAUAAGGGACUUAAAAUUCCUAUUCAAAAGAAAGGAACUUUGAAUAAUUUGUCAAUCUUUGAUCAAGUUUUACAAGCCUUAUUAUGAAAUUGUUCAAGGUUUUAGUGUGGGGCACCCUAAUUUGUCCACUCCUACUUAUAGGAGGGGAAAAUCUUUUACCACAAGAAUUUGACCCUCAGGAAAAUGUCUGGAUUUAUCUGGCCCGGGAAAUAUUAAAUAGAACAGACUUCUGCUUGGCAGGAGGGAUCAAUGCUCAUCUGGUUUUUACCUCAUGCUUAAUUGCAGUACCUACCCCUUUGAAAAUUUUACAGAAUUAUACUAUGCUGAAAGAUGUAAAGAAGGAAAAUACAUAUCAGGAUAUAUAUAAGUGGGGGACUAUUGUAAAAGAGAAAAGCAGAGACAUGUUUUCUGUACGGGUUCAGGCAACAGCUAAUGCUUCUGAAUGUUUCUUAAUAGUGAAUUGUACCAGUAAUUGCUUUAAAUUGAACCAAGGUAGAAAAAUCUUCUGUAAUAAGACCAGUCAAAUAUCCUAUGUAUAUACACAUACCAUCCUUCCUCGAGGAUGGUUUCUGGCCUGCGGGAGAAUGAUAUAUUCAUACCUUCCAGCAAAUGCUACUGGGGGACCAUGCACCAUUGCCCGGGUAACUGCAGCUCUUCCAAGGAAGUCUGACCUAAUGCACACUGAACAAACCCCUCUUGGUGGGAGGUUUAAACGAGCAUACACUACUCUCACUGCUGAUUGUGACGAGAAUGAUUCCCCUGGACUAUUAUCUAAGGCAGAAUACAUAGCAUUAGCUGCAUCUAUAGUGGGGGUUCUGGGUCUUGCUGUAAGUAAUAACAGAAAUCUUAAUGCAGUAGCCUGUGUUUUAGCAAAAGGACUAAAUGCUACAUCUCGAGCGCUCUCAGCCUUGAAUGCUGAACAAAAACAACUAAGGGACGCUGUCUUAGAGAAUAGAGCCGCUAUUGAUUAUCUCUUGUUACGACACAAUCUGGGGUGUGAAACCUUAAAAGGAAUGUGCUGCUUCAACCUCACUGAUAAUUCUGUGCUAAUUGAAGACAAAAUUGGUGCCUUACAACGAUUGACACAGACAUUGAAAGAAACAUCUGGCUUAGACUUUUCCUGGUUAACUUCCUGGCUUCCCAAUUUUGGAUGGUUGAAGCAGUUGUUUUGUAUGGUUAUUCUAUUUUGCUUUAUAGGGAUUAUGAUCUGUUUCCGUAUCCAUUGUAUACCGGUUUGUAUCGCAUCUAUCUUCAGGCCUAAGGUAAAUCAAAUGAUUUUGCAAAAAAAGAAAGCUGAGAAUACUAGAUUUGUGUUAAGUCAAAUUGAAUGGAGCAAUCAUAAUUAAUAAUAAUUAUAAAUGCUCCAGAUGAGGGAAAUGUAAGGUUUGACCUAGAAACUACUAUGCAAAGCCUAAGCAAAAGUGAAUGUUGUGUGUCGAAUGCCCAUCUGCAAUGAUAAGGGGCAGACAGUCUUAGAUAGAGGAAGCUUGAAAACAAAAAACAGAAUCAGAGGUACUGGAGCAAAGAGCUCAUUAAAAUACUAAAAAUCACACCCCGAGGCGGGGAAGAUAUAUGCUAAUGGAACAUAUAUGUACGUUAAUGAGAUACAUAGCUAAAACACAGGUAUAGAGACAUGCUCAGUAAAGAACUCCUUGCGUCACUCCUUUAUAACCAAUUAGCAAACAAGGAUGCUUAUGAAGAUUCAACCUCUGGUAUAUAAGGGGCUCAGUAUUGAAUGUGCUUGUGCUUGUCUUGGGAGAUUAUUCCGCUUGCACCUUUUAUUGCUAGCAAUAAAUCAUUUUUAUACUUUCA